UAAAUAAGCUCACACGUCUCUGAGUUGCUUCUUUCUUUCUUCCUCUCUGUGCAUUGAAAGCUCUCAGCUUCGCGUUUUAGUGUUGGUUUUGAUCUGACAGGCUAUACCAGCGAUCUUGAUCAGGUCUCCGGCCACUAAGUAUUUGCUUCAAGUGGUAUAUGUUCCAAGACCUACAGCAGGAAGUAUGAUAAACCUAUUUAAAGUGAAGGCGAAGCAAAGGGAAAUUUCAGAAAAUGCUAAUGGGAAGACACCUGUCAAAAAGCAAAGUGCAGGCGAACUACGUCUUCAUAAAGAUAUCAGUGAACUUAAUCUAGCAAAAACUUGUAGUAUAGCAUUUCCCAAUGGGAAGGAUGACUUGAUGAACUUUGAGGUUACCAUCCGGCCUGAUGAAGGAUAUUAUGUAGGUGGUACAUUCUUUUUCACCUUCCAAGUUUCUCCAGUCUACCCUCAUGAGCCACCCAAGGUCAAGUGCAAGACAAAGGUGUACCACCCUAAUAUUGACUUGGAAGGAAAUGUCUGCCUCAACAUUCUUAGAGAAGAUUGGAAACCUGUUCUGAGUAUAAACACAUUAAUAUAUGGGUUGUUUCAUCUUUUCACGCAACCCAACCACGAAGAUCCUCUCAACCAUGAUGCUGCGGCAGUUUUGAGGGAUAACCCAAAGUUGUUCGAAACCAAUGUGAAAAGGGCGAUGGCAGGUGGGUAUGUGGGGCAGACCUCUUUCCCACGCUGCAUGUAGCCACUGCUCAUGUCAAGGACAGCAAAGUUUACUUACAAAUUCAGGGGCUGUAAAUUCGGGCAAAUGUCUCUUUCCUCUGGUGUGUUGUGAUUCAAUUUAUCCUAACUGUGCCAGGUUGGCCAGAAGAAUGUUUUUAUCCUGCAAAUCGCAUUGGCUGCUUGUGAUAUUGGGUGGGGAUAUAAUUAGAUUUCCUUAUUCUGAUGUGUUACAAUUAGGAGAUGUUGGAAGUACCUCCUGUUGUAUUGACUUAACGUUAUCUGUAUGGGAUGAAACCUUCUUAAUUUCUGCUUUGCGGAAAUCAUGCUUAGGCUGUAAUUCAGUUUAUAAAUCACUUACCUUAAAACUACUUGUUUGCUUCAAA